AACAAUUGUUAAAGGCUUUAUGGCUUCAUCGGCGCUUCCUCUCAGUGCUCUGGAUGAAAUAUUUUUCAACAUGUGAUCAAAACAUAUCCGGCCCUUCUUGCUGCGAAAGUAAUGAUAUUUGUGACAAUAGCAAGUUUGUGGAUAAUGAAUUGAAACUUUACGAGGCUUGCACAAUUAUCCCUGAUAAUGACUUUGAGGACUAUCAAGCACAAGCAACCUAUUCUGCUACCUAUAUUAUUUGGCUCGAAAAGGCGGUUCAGCGAAUGCCAGUGUCUUUUGGGGUUGAGCUUCAAAAUAUAGCAGAAGACGGGAAACUAAGAGAUUACUGGAGAAAUUAUGCCCAGGAAAGAGCUUUCUUUGGGACCCUUCGAGUGGACAUUUCUGAAGCGGACAGUCAUGUCUAAUUAAGCAAAUCACUAGUUAGUUAUAAAAGCUUUUGGCUCCUUUUUCCAUAUAUAUAUAUAUACUAUACACACACCGGAACUUGUUAUUACUUCAACUUAUCCUGUUAAUAAGCAUGCGAAGUAUCUCAACUCAACUAUACAAGGUUUGUCCCUCUGUAUUCUUACCCUCAGUUUGUAAAAGAAACCAUUCACUUUGCUGUACAUGUUCACAUAUUUAUACAAGCCAAUAAAGUUGGGUUUUAUUGUUU